AUGCAAGUCUCCACUGCCAACGACGUGAAGAUUUAUAAUCUCAGCUACGGGAAAUCGAUACCAGAAUGGCUUACUUCAAAGCAACGAAGGGAACUGACGAAAAAGAAUUUGGAUGUGCGGCGGCGGAUACAAUUGAUUCAAAACUUCGAGAUGCCUGACGUUGCAAAUUGUAUGUCGAUAAGCAAGGAUGGACGUCACGUUUUUUGCUGUGGGUUGUUA